AUUCGGAUCGCGACCGUCAGGCGACUCACUUGAAUCUUUGGAGCGUCGUGCGUCGCUGGAGUGUGACGUCAUCAGGCCAUCAUGGCGGAGUACAGUGAGCUUGUGAACCUGAGGCGACGAUUCAAAACAAACGAACAAGAAGAGGACGACGAACAGAGUUCUGGUUCUGAUGAGGCCGUGGAGGAGAAAGCCUCGGCUCGGAUCAACCGGCACUCAGUGUUCUGGAUCCUGGCGUCUGUGGCUCUCACACACUAUCUGGAUUUCUUCUCUGUCCUUCUGAACCACAGCGACAUUCACAGCUGGUGGUUUUGCGUGGGUCUGGUGCUGCUGGCGCUGUGUCUCGCGCUGGCCUUGUUCUGUAUGGUGUAUCUGGAGUGGUUCAGAGGAAUCAAGCAGUAUGAUGAGGAGUAUCCAGCCCUUCCAGCCGUCACCACCGCAGCCUUCAUCGCCGCGUCCUGCAGCUUGAACAUCGCUCUGUGGCCCGUCUGGUCGUUCUUCACGCCGGUGAUUCUGUUCACGCAGUUCAUGGGUGUGGUGAUGCUGAUCUCCCUGCUGGGCUGAACACACGCCGCAGCUCACCGAAUCACGGCUGGAGUCUGUAACGAAGCAGACGGCGACAGAUAGAGAGGUCAGCUGAUCGGUGAUGAACACGUGACCUCUCUCUGACCUCUGACCUCUGAGGACUCGCUUUAAUGAACGCUGAGGCACAGGAGGCGUUUAGUGUUUCCUGAACAUCAGCUGACGGAGGUGAACAGGAGGUUUCUUUGAGGUCCUGCUGAUUAAAAAUGCAGAUUGCUUUAUAUUAACUCAUGUUUUAUACCAUGUUUUGAUGUUUGUCUAUAAUUAACCAAAUGUAUUAACUGAUGAAAUAAAGGAUGUUUGUAUUAAAUGAAA